AUGGAAAAGUCUGCGUGUAAAAGUCGUUUGGUCUUGAUUGGAGUGGGCGUGGCCGCAUUGGCUGCCCUCGCGCUGUAUGCCACGUUCGCGGCGGUCGGGAAUGCCGGGCCGUCGGCCGAAUGCGCCAGUGACACCGCGAGCGCGAAGACCAGGUCGUGCAGAAAGCGACGAGUGAGUUUUGGGGGGUUUUUUGGGUGGGAUUUGGGGCUUGAUUAGGUCAUGACUAGGGCUCGCGAUUGGGCGAAAUAACCGGGACUUUUAUGCCAAAAAAUUUGCAAAAAUAAAGAAAAAUUCUGCACAGUGCGGACGGUCCGGGACGGAAGAAAUUUUUGCACAGUGCAAAAUAUUUUUUAAAUUUCUUUUCAUGAAUGAGCGUUUUGCCUGGGGCAAUUAUACUUUUAAAGACAUUUUAUACGAUCAAACGUGUUUUUAUUAUAUCUGAUUUUUGGUUUAAAAAUAAUUUUGCAAAAUCGAAAUAAAAUUGACGAACGGAACGAAAAGUAAUUUUAAAAUUUUUGGGAGGGGAGACAUUUUAUACGAAAAAAUAUUUUUUUUUGAAAAAAUUUCAAAAAUUAAAAUAAAUUUUUUUAGGCAAAAACAAGUUUUUAGAAGUCUCUAAGAUAAAUUUAUUUGUAAAAUACGGCUUGCUUUCACAAGUUGAUUGGCGUUUUCCACAAAAAAAUCGAUUUUAAAAUAUUUUGAAUUUUUGAAAUUUUCAUUAUUUUUUGAUUAUUUUUUUAUUUUUUUUCAGCAGAGAAGACGUUCCAAGAAGUCGGAAGACAAGUCGCGCUCCAGCGUCUCCAGUGGAAGUGGUCCCACCACCGCCGACACGGCAUUAUCCCCCUCUGUCCCGCCGGCCGCCCCUCCAGCCGAGCCGGAGAAGCAGGAGAACAAAGGAUCCGAUAUGGGCACCUCCACUUAUGUCCAACUUCCCAAGUAG